UUAAAAAAUUGAAAAAGGAACAAAGCUAAAAGACACCCCACCUUCCGUCCCACCGCGAACCCACGAAAGCGCCGCACCGCACCGCACCGGAGGAUGCCCCCCGCCGUCCCCCCACCGAGGAAACGGAGGCGGACCACCGUCCGGCCCCGAGCGGCCGGGGGGGCCCUGGAGGCAUCCUCGCUGCCGUUGCCGUGUUCGGCGGAAGCCCCUCCGGCGGCGGCGGCAGGGGGCCUCCCCAAGAUCCCCGGGGUCCCCCACGGCGUCCUCCCGGUCUUUCUAGAGGCGCUCCGGACCGGGGCGAGGUUCUUUGGAGAGGCCGGGAAGCACGGCCGGUCCUUUACGAUCGCCGACUGGGAGAAAAGCAGAGCCCGUGGCGGGAGAGGCAGCAGCCGCAUCGAGAACAACAGCAACAGCAACGACAGCAGCAGCAACGACAAGAACCACCACCACCUGCCGAACCAAGACAGCGGCGUCUUUGAUUCCCUCAUGAACCGGAUGCGGGCGGCCGAAGCAACCGCGGAAGCAGCAAGAAGUGCCACCAGCGACCGCGAGACGACUUUUCUGCACGCUUUGAACAAGUGGAUGGAGGAAGUCCGGUACGUGUCCAAACAACAAAAGCAGCAGGAACCGCAACAACAACAACAAUCACAGCAACCUCACCCACCCCGCAAAGAACCCACGACCAAGACCGACGAAAAACCACGGGCGGUCGCCUAUUCCAUCUUUCUCUACCUCUGGGACCUCCAGCAGGACCACAAGCGCAUCGCCGUCCGCCGGGCGGCCCUAUUGUUGUCGGGCAUCCUGCUGCAGAGGUCCGAGGACUGCCGGGGGCACCUCGACCAGGGCACGCACCUGGCGGACUGGGUGUCCAGCGUGGCCGGUGCAGGUGGGACCGCGAAUGCGACCGCGAAUGCGAAUGCCAGCGCGGGUGCCAGCGACAGCGCGAUUCGCCGGGGGGCCCUCCUCGGGCCGUCGCUCCUGCAGGCCGAGGCCAUCGCCCUGGUGGCGGACCUGCUGGCCAGGGGGCACGGGAGGGCCCACGAACGGCUAAGGGUGGCCGCCCGGGGCCUGGCCCACCGGUGCUCCCCCCCGAGCGGGGGAUCGCCGAUGGGGGCCUCCCGCAGGGGAGACUCGGACCUCCGGGCCCUCCGGGACGCCGCCCUGAAACACGGAGCGAGGGAGGCCGGGAGGGUCGAAGGCCUCCUGGAGCGAGCCGAGGAGGCCCUGCUGGUCCUGGUGCCGCGCUUUGUUCCGAGGGCCGCGGAACAUGGCGGCGGCGAGAGCAAUCGCAAGGGCAACGACAAAGACAACAAUGGCAAUGGCAAUGGCAGCGACGACGACGACGACAGCGAGAGCGACAUCGACUGGGAAGACGGCGACGACGGGGGCGAUGCCAUCGGGAGCGAUGUUCCGGAUGCCGCUGCCAAUGCCAAUGAUUCCAGCCAUCUCUCCGCGGUCGAGCGAACGAUGGCCGCCAUGAAAACCACCUCGGGGACCACCCUGUUCCAAGGGGGGGCCCUCGAGAUCGACUUUGACCGGCGGGCCGCCGGCGAACACGACGACGGAAAGGGGGGCCUCCCUCCCGGGGCCGCGGAGGUGCCUUCCCGGGAGGCGCAGGCGGCCCGCCGCAGGCUGGCAGCGAUCGUCCGGAGGCUCUCGGAACGGCACCUGGUCUGCCUCACGGCCUGGCUGGACGGUCUGCGGAAUUCCGACGGCCUGGUGCCCGCGGGAAACAACAACAACAACAACAACAACAGCAGCAGCAGCAGCGCCAACGAGGCACGCCCGGCAUCGCUCGUCUCCCUCUCCCGGGAGCAAACCGCGCUGCGGCUCGAGACGAUCGAACGCCUCUCCGCCCUCAAACAGGACGUCUCGAGGGUCCUGUCGUCCGCGGCGAGGCUGGCACCGGAAGGUCUGCUCCGGGACAAGGCGGACGGGUCUGUUGCUGUCGCUGUCACUGCCACGGCUCCCGUCGUCCCCGCCCUUGGAUCGGCCGGGGGCCCGGCGCUGGUCUCCCACCCGAGCCGCGUCCCGCGGCGGAAGCAGCAGCACCACCGCCGGAGAAUCGAGAUCCGCUACCACACGCAGCGAACCACCACCACGAGCAGCAACUAGUACUCCUGUACUACUAGUAGUACUAGAAGCAAUAAGUUAGUAAAAGCACACUAACAAU